CCCUCCCCCCCCCCCCCCAUGACACACCAGACGAUGCGUUGACUGAGCGCAGGAGAAGAAGAAAACCUCUCCCAGCCAGCCGUCCUGCCUGCUGCAUGGAGGAGAAGCUGAGGAGGAAGAGGAGCAGAGAGGAGCUGUGUCCCGGUGCUGUUCUCACCUCCCUCCUGAUGAUUUACCGUCUCCUCCUCUGACUCAACACCUCCCCUGUGCCCCCCCGCCCCCGUGACCUCUGACCUCCUGUUUCCGUGACAACACGAUGUGUCCUAAGUGUUCUGGAGGUGACCUCUGCAGGAUCCCUGACACUUAAACCAUCUGAUCUGUGGCUGGUCCUCUUCACCUCCUGCUACUCUGACCCCGCACUCACUUCCCGUCCCGUGCUCCUCCUCUGGACCUCCUCUGGCCUCCACCAUGUCGGAGGGGCUGCUGCAGGUGGAGAUCCCGGACUUCGGCAGCAGCGUGCUGGGCAGCCUGAACGAGCAGCGUCUGCUGGGUCACUACUGCGACGUGUCCAUCCUGGUGCAGGGUCAGGCCUUCAAGGCGCACCGCGCCGUCCUUGCCGCCUCCUCGCUCUACUUCAGAGACCUGUUCAGCUCCGCGGCUGACUCCUCCUCAUCCUCCUCAUCCUCCUCCCCCCAGGCGGUGUUCGAGCUGCCGUCCUCUGUGACGCCAACGUGUUUCCAGCAGAUCCUGUCCUUCUGCUACACGGGACGCCUCAGCAUGGCUGCCAGCGAGCAGCUGGUGCUCAUGUACACUGCCGGCUACCUGCAGAUCCAGAACAUCGUGGAGCGAGGCAUGGAGCUGAUGAUGAUGAAGGCCUCCUCCUCCUCCUCACCUCUCUGCUGUGACUCACAGACGACCUCAGCAGACGAGCUCGGGGGCUUUGAGGCUUCAAUGGUGCAGCAGCAGCAGCACAGCGCCCCCCAGCUGCAGGAGGCCAGUCCAGACCAGCCGGCCCUGAGCCCGGAGGAGCUGCUCCUGGCUGUCAGCAGAAUCAAACAGGAGAGAGCUGACACUCCUCCUGCGGAGGAGAACGGAGGAGGAGCAGGAGGAGCAGGAGAGGAGGCCAGGGUGGACGUGGCCGGGGACCUGCAGUCCUCCAGGAGCAGUGCUCUGUGUUACCUGGGAGCAGGUGGUGGUCUGGUUCCGGGGCUGCAGUCCUACCUGCUGGCAGGCGGGGGACGCUCAAGUCCAGGAGGCUCCAGUCUCCCCACAGACUCCCCUCCCUCUCACCCCCCCACUGAGGAGGAGCUGGAGGAGGAUUACUACGGGAACACGGUCCACCCGGGACUGUACCAACACAUCUAUGGACACCCAGGAAACCCCUACAUCCCAGAGAAGAUGGAGAUGCUCUCCCUCCCGCUGGCUAACGAGCGUCGGCCCUGUGUGCUGGUUGGUCGGGACAACAUGGCGCUUCCCGCCAGUCUGAUCAGUCAGAUUGGGUACCGCUGCCACCCGUCGCUCUACACUGAGGGAGACCCAGGAGAGAAGGUGGAGCUUGUGGCAGGCUCAGGUGUGUUCAUGACUCGAGGUCAGCUAAUGAACUGCCACCUGUGUGCUGGAGUCAAACACAAGGUGCUGCUCAGGAGGCUGCUGGCCACGUUCUUCGACAGAAACACUCUGGCCAAUAGCUGUGGGACAGGAAUCCGCUCGUCCACCAAUGAUCCGAGCAGGAAGCCUCUGGACAACCGAGUGUUAAACACCGUGAAACUGUACUGUCAGAACUUUGCUCCUAACUUUAAGGAGAGUGAGAUGAACGUCAUUGCUGCAGACAUGUGCACCAACGCCCGCCGGGUCCGUAAACGUUGGCUCCCGAAGAUCCAGUCUCUCCUCCCCGACAGCCUCCCCGCCUCCUCCCACCCACGCAAGGGUAAGAGAGGAGGAGGUGGAGGAGGAGGAGGAGGUCAGGGAGAUGCAGCAGUGCAGCCCAGUGGCAGCCCCUUUGAGCUGGACUUGAGACAGCUCAGUGCCUCCUACCUCGGCCUGGAGGCGCCGCUGUAUGCCGAGCGACGGGAGCGGGAGGCAGCGGGGGAGCGAGAGAGGGAGAAGGAGGCCCCAACUGCCCUCCUGCCUCACCUGCAGUUUGCCGGGUCUCGUGGGGGAGGAGCAGGGGCGGGGCAGGCAGAGGAGGGGCUGAUGGGAGGCGAAGCAGAUGGGGGAGGGAGGCUACAGGCUGAACCACCCCCAGACCUCCCCCUCUCCCUGUCCUCCACUUCCUCUUCCUCCUCCUCCUCCUCCUCACACCCCUCCCCCCAGCCUGCAGAGCCCGCCCCUUCUCACAGGGGAUUGGCUGAGACAGAUGAGAGGGGGGUGGGGCCUCUGGAAGACAGCCAAUAAGCUUUCUAAUGCAUCUGCCUACCUGUAUGUAAAUAACACAAUAGCUACCUGUCCCCACCUGUCUGUCUGACCUACCUGUCUGUCUGCUCCCCUACCUCAAUACCUGUCCACCUGUCUACCUCUCUGCCCCUGUCUGUCUGACCUACCUCUGUCUGUCUGUCUGUCUCCUCUACCUGUCUGUCUGCUCGGCUCUGCUGCAUGUUAACAGCCUCCUGCAGUCAGCACACAGGCCCAUAGCAACAGGACUGAAGAUGAUGAUGAUGAUGAUGAUGAAGAUCAUAAUAUUCACUCUGAUAAUGACAAUAAAGCUUCUUGAUAAUCAA